UAUGGAGAUUGUGGCUGACCACAUUGGGAAGGGUGGCAGUUGCCUUGGAAGGAGAGAGGCAACACCGGCUAGAUGAAGGGUAUGGAACUAAUGAAUGAACCCUACUCGUUAGUGGUAAAGUGUGGUUGGGCUGUCGAAUGAGUACGUACGAGGGAGAGGAGAGGUGGGCCUUGAUUCAGACUAAUAGAGAAGAGGACUUAUAUGUCCUUUUCUUUUAGCAAAUAAUCAUAAAUGUUCUAUAGUCUAUUGUGCUACGGAAAUUUAAGGAAAUACUAAGUUAUUUAAAGCAUUGAGAGAUUUUAUUAAAAAUAUAUCCAACACAACUUCUUGAUAAAAUUGUAUUCCAUGGUUCUAUUUUCUUGUAGAAUUGUCUUUAACUGUAUUUUAAACUUCUUAAGAAAAAGCCUGGCACGAAUGCUAGAAACUGCAUUUUAGAAUGAUUUAUUAAAUCUCAAAAGUUUCAAAUAACCAUGGCACGAAAGCUGCAAAAUGAACCAAAUUUUGCUUGACUGGGAGUGUCAGAUCAAAGACGAUGGAUGAUUGCUAAAGUUGAAGAACUCAAUUUCAACUCAGUGAGCUAGAACUACUCCCCUCCACCCACCACCCUCCCUCCUUCCCUAGGUCCACUCGUGGAUGGUGAGUUGAAUGUUUGUAGAGAGGCUCAAUGUAAUUUUUUGCCUAUUAAGGAAAAACUCAUCAUGUCAUUUUUUCCACAUGGGGGUAGUGAAGUGGUUGCAAAUGGCAAGAAAGGAGGCUAAUGAUGUUGUCUUCCCUAAAUAGGGUGUGAAGUCAUGCUGCAUAACGCAAUACAUAGGAGAAGAGGAGGGAGGAGACGAGGGGUAAUAUGUCUGGUUUGAAUGCAUUGGGAGUAAGAUGUCCUGGUUUGUAGUUGAAAAAUAGACUCAAUUAAGAGCUCCAUAGAUAAAAUCAGACUCCUCUUAUUUUUUUUAUUUAUCAUAUAUAAUCCUCGCUUUAGCUUCAAAUUCCGUGUGUCAUAGAUGUUGGAUUACAAAUGCCAUAAAACUACUUUAUAUAGUUUCUUUUUUGUCGAUGUUCUAGAAGCUACCGCAGAUGUUGUAAGCGAGCCAAUGUUGUCAUGUGGGCCAUACCUUUCUCCACGAUAGCAUUUACUCUUUUUGCGGGUCCCAUGACUCACACCAACAACUAAAGCCAAAAAGGUUCAAUUUUGCUUAUAUCAUUCACCUCUUCUUGUUCUUCUCCAUCUCUAAGCACUUCUACCUAACGAAACCAAAGAGGAGAAGACUUGUGUUAGUCGGUGCCAUGGACGAGUUAGGGAUCAUCGAGCAAGGCGUCGACUGGAGGACUCGCCUUGGCCAAGACAUUCGCGAUUGCAUGAUAAAUGAUAUAUUGUUCAGCCUGCAAACGAAAUUGCAAAGUACUACUACAGCAUUGAUUGAUCUCCAGAAGGUUGCUGUCAGAAUAGAGGAGAGGAUCCAUACGAUAGCUAGUGACUAUGGUGAUUAUCUACGGAGGAUUUGUCUGACAAGAGGUGAUUUGGACUCAUAUGAUGUAUUUUUGAAUGAUUGUCAACGUCAGCAAGCUUCAAUCCGUUCAUCCAUCUUGCUCCAUCAGGAGAAUAAGCAAGGUGAUCAAAUUGUCCAGGCAAAAAGAAAUAUUAAGGGGACAUCAUCUAGCAGUGUGCUAUCUAAUCAAGUAGCCCUAAAUGACCACAAGGAGCACUCACACCCCUACGAGAAGGAUAUGAUCAGCAAACUCCCUAACGAUUUGGUCCAACAUAUUAUGUCAUUCUUGUCAAUGCGAGAGGCUGUGCGCACCAGUGUUUUGUCCCAUUGGUGGGUCAACCAGUGGACCUUCUUGAAGUCCAUUCAGCUUAAUAUAUAUUGGUUUCAUAUGGACAGAGAAAAAUUCAGUAGUUUCCUUGACAAACUAUUGCUAAGCCGUGUCCAAGCUGAUGCUCCCAUGGACACAUUCGAGCUAAAAUCUUUUGCAAUUGACCGCGCCAAUUAUUGGAUUAAUCAUGCAAUCAAGCACAAUGCUAAAGUGCUUAAAUUUGCUGAAUAUGGAAAAUGGGAACCUUUCUACUUGGAUCCAAAUCUUGUGGAGUUAAGUUCUCGGUAUCUAGAAACUUUGGAGCUGACUAAUGUUGCUCUAGAUGCGACGAUAUUCAAUCAGUUGGCCAAUGCAUGCCCAGCAUUGCAAAAUAUGCUGCUGACAGACUGCUUACUGGAGGUAGAAGAAAUUUCAUCAAGCUCAUUGAAGAAUCUGGAUAUAAUUGACUGCUAUAUUCUCAAGGACCUGAGCAUUUGUACUCCUAGUUUGGUUUCAUUGUGCAUCAAGAAUGAAAGAACAGACAAUUCUUCGUUCAGAAACUCUUACCUAAUAUUCGCAACGGCCAUUAUCAUUGAUGCUUCAAAUGUCAGUAGCAUGGAGUUGUUAGCUAUGGAUAGACAGUUCACAUUCGUGGAGAAAGACGGGGGCGAGCCAAUGUUCAAGAAUCUCAGAAACUUGAGCCUAGGUCUAUGGUGCAUUAACAACAUGUUUUCGCCUCUACGUCGAUUCGUCCGGCAUUCGCCUAUGCUGAGGAUGGUGACUCUGAGGAUCAGUCCGCUGGAUUGGAAGUCCCAUCUCACGAAGGAACAUCAGGAGAUGCUGAUCAGCAUUCGUGAUCGUCGUGGCCUGAUUCUUUAUAUCGAUUGGUAUUGAAGGCCAAGGGCUUCUGCGGUGCUCCAAUGGUGAAUAAAAUUGCUGCCAAAUUAAGCUGGUUGCUGAAACAUUGAGACCAAUUUAAGUUUCUUUUCGUUUUAAUCGCAGUGGAUCAAACUUGUUGCAGUAAUAAUUACCUGUUACUUGACUGCAUGUGUCAGCCUGGAGUCUGGAUGUUGUCUUUGAUGUGGUGUCAUUGUUACUUAUACUGUUUCAUUAUAUGGAUGAACCAAUGAGUCUUUAAGAACC